UACUGAGUGAGCUGUGAUUGCUCACAGCUUGUCACAUGGUACAAGGCUGUUGUGAAUAGCCUUGUACCAUAUUUCACAUGUGAUCACUGAUUGGCUAAUCAGCGAUCACAUGAUCGGGACCUUGUACAGAGGUCCUGUCCGACGAUCGGUGUUCCACUGUGUCCGGAGGACACAGCGGGCACCGGAUCGCGGUGCUGCGUGCUCCCAGGAAGCGCGCACAAGCAGGGUGUGGGGAGGCCAUUUAUAAAUGGCCACCUGACCCUGCACUGCCACC